CUUACGCUGCUACGUCUGGGUUUCUCUUGAUGGUAACCGCGUGCGGGAAAUGAAAAUGAGGUUCUUUUCUAGAAAUAAAGAGCCGGCGCCAGCGGAGGAACAGCAAAGGAGAGAACAAAAUCGCGAGAAAGAGAUUGUGCCGGCGCAGAUUGAGAAUCGGGAUGCGGAGGCGGCGGUUCCUGCGGUGGUCGCGGAGAUUGAUCCAGUGCUUGAGAAGAGGGUGAGGAGGAAGAUGGACAUGCGAAUCGUCCCGUUGGUUUCGGCAUUGUAUUUGCUUUCUUUCCUCGAUAGGUCGAAUAUUGGCAACGCGCGCAUCGCGGGAAUGACAGAAGACCUUGAUCUUACAGGCGAUCGGUACGACUGGCUGCUCACGAUCUUCUACAUCUCGUACAUCAUCUUCGAGUUCCAGGCCAUCAUGUGGAAGAUUGUGUCGCCGCAUCGGUGGGCUGCUUUCGUCGUCUUCGGCUGGGGUCUCAUUUCGACGGUGCAAGCUGGCAUACACACCUGGGCCGCUGAGAUGGCGCUGCGGUUCAUGAUGGGCUUGACGGAGGCUGGGUAUGGACCCGGCAUUCCAUAUUUGCUUUCGUUUUUCUACCUGCGGCACGAACUAGGCUUGAGAAUUGGCGUGUUCCUGUCUGCGGCGCCGCUGGCGAAUACUUUUGCGGGCGCACUGGCGUAUGGGAUUACGAGUGGCAGUCCCGGGAUUGCGAAGUGGAGGGUUUUGUUCCUGGUGGAAGGACUGCCGACUAUUGUCAUGGCGGUGGUGGCGUGGUUCUUCUUGCCCGACAGCCCGGAGAAGGCGAGGUUUCUGAAUGAGGAGGAGAAGGCCGUAGCGAAGUCCAGAGGUGUGAGGCAGGCGGGUGCGGCCACGAGAGUGGGGCAUGCCAACUGGAAGGAGAUGGGGCAGGGGUUGGCGGAUCCGAAGGGUUGGAUUCUCGGGUUGAUGUACUUCUCCUGCAAUGUCUCCUUCUCCUCGCUGCCCGUCUUCCUUCCGACGAUCCUGAAGGAGAUGGGUUUCUCGGCCAUCAACGCGCAGGGACUGACGGCGCCUCCUUUCUUCUUGUCCUUCCUGAUCACCAUCAUAACGCCCUAUAUCGCGGACCGAACGCAGCAGCGCGGUAUCAUGCUCGUCAUUCUUACCAUUAUCGGUGGAAUCGGAUACGUGAUCCUGGCCGCGGCCAAAGGCGUAGGAGCGAGAUACUUCGGCGUUUUCAUGGCAGCAGCGGGCAUCUUCCCGGCUAUUGCGAACAUCCUUCCGUGGGUGCUGAACAACCAAGGCUCCGAUACCCGACGCGGCGCUGGUAUUAUCAUCCUGAAUCUCAUCGGACAAUGCGGUCCGCUUCUGGGAACUCGUCUCUACCCCUCGCACGAAGGACCUUUUUACGUCAAAGGCCAGUCUGUCUGCGCUGCGUUCAUGUUCUUUACGACAAUUCUGGUGAUUAUUCUGCGGACGAUCUUGGUAUGGGAGAAUAAGCGGCUGGACAAAAAGUACGGGACGAUUGCACAGCAGAAGCAGGCAAUGCAGGAGGCGCAAGUCGGAGGGGAAAGGAAGGCAGAGGUUGCGGUGGAGAACUAUGGGCCGCUGUUCAGAUAUGCUGUGUAGAUGAUGAGACGGCCAAACAGAGAAGAGUAGUGUGAAUAAGGAAUUGAAAGUCGUCG